AUGUCACUUUCACUAUCACCAAGUGCGUCUACUGGUGGCAACUACACCUGUAAAUUGUAUUUUGAUCCUGGUGCCGAUCAAUCUGACACAGGUGGUUAUUGGAUUACGGAUGACCAACUUCGAAACAAAUUGGUAAACUUGAUCGACACGGAUGAAGAGAUAAAAAAAGCGUCCAUCUACAGCAAUCCGCUCUCUUCGUGGCAGUUGAUAGACGCAAUGUUUUAUCACGCGUUUGUCGUAAUGGAAACGAACGAUUGGUGGUGGUCGAUCGAGAAAAACACCAAAGGCAUCACGAUUCAACGUUCGAAGAAACUAGAGAGCGUUCGUGACAUGUACCAAAGGAAAAUACGAACGACUGAUUCGACAUCGUUGACAAGCAUCAAAGAGAAUAAAACAACUGAGGGCGGGAAGACAACAAUCUGCGAAUUAAUCAUUUACAUUUGGAGGAAAGAUUGUUUAAACGAUGUUUACCAUCUUCUUGAUGAGAACUGUCAAAAAUUUGCUGAUACGGUUUUUAAUCGCAUUAAAUUAAAGUGCGAUGAUCAAGUUUAUUUUGAUGAAGCUGCCGAUCAACCCCGAUAUUCAGCAAGUAGUUGCUACAUGAGCGUGGAUAAAUUGUUUUGUAAAGUGCAACGUUUAAGCGCUUCAGAGACUUUAUCUCAGGUUCAGCUUUAUACUGCGGCACGACUAAAAUGCGUUAUUUUAGCAGCCAUUAUUAUAACGGCUGUGGUUGGGCUUAGUACCUUACCGUUUUCUAUAGUACAGGAAAUUUUCCAAUCGGAUAUUUUCUUCAAAACAUUAAUGUUUUUCUUUAUAGUUCUACCUGUAUAUAUAUUUUCUGCGUAUGUCGUGAUGUGUUCCAUCUUAGAACGUAUUGGAUUGCUUUCCCAUCAUUCCUUUGUCAUUUUUAAAACGAACGUGGAAACUUACUGGUCGUUUGAGCGAUUUCCAACGCAUUACGUCAUCCAUCGAGCCAGCAAUAAAGACAUCCUUUUGAAAGAGUGCAAGCGGACUUCACAACACUUCUGGAUCUUCAAACCAAAAUUGCACAAGGAAGCACUUGCCGUGAAGCGGGGUACAAUCGCAAUAUUGGAAUUGAUCUGGAAGAAGGAUAACCUAAACUCUGAACGCAACUUACCGAUAGAAGAUUGCGGACAAUUAGCAUCUAUUAUCUACGAGAAUUUCAAACGAAACGAGGAACCUAUUUUUCCUGAUUGGCUGAUUAUAUUUAUUAUAUAUAUUUGUAUAUCAUACAUAUAUAUAUGA